AUGAACCAGGUCAAAAGUAACCGAGAACUGUUCCUACAAUACUCAGCCACAGCCCCCAAACUGCUGGCCCGCGUCUCCAAACUUCUCAUUGUCUGCCGAAACUCAGGCAUUACCAUCCCAAAAGGCAUCAGGAAUAUCUUUGAGUUCACCUGGGAGGAACUCAUCUGUGACCCUGCAGUGCCCACCCCGUCUGAGAUCCAGGAUCUGGUGAUCAGCUUUGGAACUCCUACAGUGGUGCUUGCAGAGGUGAUCCCAGUGCAGGUCCCCUUGCAGAAGAAGCCACCCCCACCACCCCCACCACCACCAGUACUGCAGACAACCCCCAGCGGGCGCAAGCACUCGACCCCCACUCCUGCCUCUACUCGACUGGUGCCCUCUGGUCAAGAUACCCUGCACAAGUUCCAGCGGCAAUCCAUCCACCUGCUGACAGAGCUGCUUUCCCUGAAGAUGAAGGCCAUGGUGGAGUCUGCCUCUGCAGGCGCUAAUCCUCUGGACAUCACCAAGCGCUUUGUGGAGGCCAGCCAGCUUCUCCAUCUCAAUGCCAAGGAGAUGGCCUUUGACUGCCUGAUUGGCACUGUCGGAAAAAGCUGCUUUAGUUCAGCACAGCUGGGGAAAGACUCCCCCAUGAACAUCUCUGCCAUGGGAGUGAACACGCCCUAUCAGCUGGUCUACCAGAAUUCCACAGCCUGUCUGAGCUUCUCCCUCUCCACAGGAAAGGAAGGCAAGAAGAAAGGUGAGAAAGGAAAUAGCAAAAAGGCUACAGAUGAGCUCACACCCCCACUCCCACUCCCACGAGCCCGAACCCCUCCUGAAAGCACUGUCGUUGAGUUCCAGGACCCCUGCCCUGAGGCCCGGGAAAAGCUGCAUGAUAUGUGUCGUCACAUAGAAGCCGAAAGGAUCUUGUGGAAAGGGAGGAAUGUCUCCUGUCCCAUGAUUUUACGCAACUACAGGGCAAAGAUAUCCUCUCAUUUAAUGUUGACCUCCAAGGGGGACCCUCACCAACCUCCCACUGCGGGGACUCAGGUUACUGCUUCCACUCUUAACCAGCCUUCCAGCCACCAUGCUCAUAUGGGUCGCCAUUCUCAAGAUUGGAAGGGGCCCAAGAAGCCAAUCAAGCUGCAUUACACUUUCUAUGAUGGCUCUUCCUUCAUUUACUAUCCCUCUGGAAACAUUGCCAUGCUUCAGAUUCCCACGUGCUGCAGAGGGAAACCCAUCACCUGCCUCUUUAAUGACACGCCUAACACCUUCCUGGCUCUGUUCAAUGCUGAUGGCCAAGGCUGUGUUUACUACAACCUAAAGAACUGCUGUCCAUAUGUCUUGGUUUUGGAUGAGGAAGGUGGAAUCACAAAUGACCAAAAAGGCUGCAUAGUCCAUAAGUGGAGCUGGGCUAACAAGACUGAGACAUUACUCUCUCUGGAAUACAAGGUGAAUGAACAAAUGAAGCUAACAGUCUUGGGGCCAGACUCCAUCACUGUCACCUUCACCUCCAUGAAUGAGACGGUAACACUCAGUGUGUCGCCCAAAAGCUGUCCCCAUGGCAUAGUGCAUGACAAACGGCCAGUUCGCAGAAUCAGUACCUUGGAUGAAAAGAUGUUAAAGAUAAACAGAGCCCUGGUUGAGAUCAAGAAGCGGUUUCAGAAGACUGUGACUCAGUUUAUGAACUCUGUGUUGCUGGCAGCAGGUCUGUUUACCAUAGAAUAUCCCACCAUGAAGGAAGACACAGAAGCUAGUCGUGUCAAGUUGAAAUCUGGGUCUUAUCCUGAUCGGAGCCGUAAGUCAAGUUUACACCAAGGAGAAACCCUUGUACGAUCCCAGUCAACCCGACCAGAUUCCUUAAUUGAAGACACACUGAAGGAAGAGUCUAUACAAACACCCUUGAUCCCUGUUCGAAAGAAGAGUAACAAAGUCCAGGCCAGAGUCACACCAAGAGGGAAGCAGGGAGAAGUACGCAGCCCCACCAGAUGGGCUGCCUCACCCUAUGACUGCCCACUGGUGCUGCGGAGGCUCAUUCGCAAGGAAGACAUUCGGGCUGGCUGCAAGUGUAUUGUGAAGGCACCCCUGGUGUCUGACUUGGAACUAGAGCGCUUCCUGUCUGCACCCCGAGACCCCAACCAAGUGCUGGUAUUCGGGAUAAUAUCAAGCCAGAAUCCCAACAAUACUGCACAGCUGCAAUGGCUGCUGGACACACUGUAUAGCCAUCGGCAGCAGGGCCGUUCGUCACCCUGCACCCAGUGCCGGCUUGAUCCUUAUCGUCUGCUGCGGUAUGACAUAGACAGCCCCCUGCAGAAGGAUCCACCCCUAAUGGUGAAGAAGUUUGCUGUGGUGCACGGGAUGGUUUUGAUGUUUGCUGGGGGGAAGCUCCUUUUUGGCGGCUGUCUCCUAAAUGGCUAUGGCUUCAGUAAGCAGAAUCUACUGAAACAGAUCUUCCGGGCUCGACAGGAUUGCAAGAUGGGCUACUUCCUGCCAGACAACUACAAAUUCAACGUGCCAACCUAUAUCACAAGCCUGGAAGAUUCUGAGUUAUCUAAAAGACCCCCAUCUGAAGAUUUCGAAGGAAGUGUCUCUUCAUUGGCGCUUGGGGACAAAAUGGAAAAAACCCCUUCUACCCCCCCUGACAAGUUGAAACAGCCUGAAGAAGAACUGCUGCAGCCUUUCAUCAAGAAUAGGAGGAGCAGUAAGAAGAUAAGUAGCUGGAAAAAGUCUAAGAAGUGA